AUGCUCGUGAAGCAUGGGGUUUAUCGCUGGUGCAGGCAUCCUGGAUAUGUUGGAUGGUUCCUGUGGAGCGUUUCCACCCAAAUCCUUCUCAUCAAUCCGGUCUGCGUGUUCUGCUACGGUUGGGUCUCCUUCCGUUUCUUUGCUGGAAGAAUUCCGCAUGAAGAGGAGAAGCUGGUACAGUUCUUUGGGGAUGAAUACCUGGCAUACGCCAAAGAGGUGCCGUGCGGCAUUCCAGGAAUAUCCAGGCUUGGAUAG